AUGGACGAAGUAGCAAGUUACGAAGAGCCUCUGUUUAUCUUUGAAUGCAAUGUUCAUUCUGUGAAUGCUCUAUCUAGUUGUCAUUCAAGGACCCUUGUAUGUGAACAACGCAAUUCUCAGCCUGCAGCAGUCAGGUGUAUUGAAGAGGAGAUCUCACUCUGUCAAAACUGCAACUGGUCUUCACAAGCUGCCCUGCUUCAGCUGCAGGCCAUAAACAACAGUCAAUCAAUUGUUAUUCUGGAUGCCCUUCUGCAACCGAACUUCCAAGUAUUUGGUCAUUCUUUUCAGCAAAUUAUUCAAGCUGCAAUCCUUGAAUCUUUUUAA